AGACCCUAUAGCAGGGGUGUCCAACCUUGAAAUUUCAAGUUCACAAGUCUUAAAGUUCCCAAGGCUGAAACACCCCUACCCCCCCAUCCUACACCAUUCCAAACUAUGUAUUGGGUUUCCCCAAAAAUAAGACCCUGUCUUAUAUUUUUUUGAACCCUGAAAUAAGCGCUUGGCCUUAUUUUCGGGGAGGUCUUAUUAUUUUGGGGCGCGUGGAGCAAGACGGGGCUCCUCUUGCCAUCUUACCUGAUUUCCAGCUCUCUCUCCCUAACCCUAACCAGAGGAAAUGGCGGGGACCAGCUGUGCAUGCGGUUAAGUAUUUUCGGGGAGGGCUUAUUUUAGUGCAUGCGCUCAAAAGCCCGAUUGGGCUUAUUAUCCAGGGAUGUCUUAUUUUCAGGGAAACGGUAAUCUCUUGAAAACCUCCAGUGAUGGUAGCAAGUUGUCCCACUGGUUAAUGGUUCUCAUAAUUCCAUAUUCUGCACUUCUGGAGGGAAAAUGGCUCUGUUUUCUUCUCCUUGCCCCAUUUGGGUUUCGGAAGGGGAGUGUGACCAGCUCUUCCCUUCACUUGGUCUUCAUGGGGCCGGGCUCCACAUCCUCUGCUGAUUCUCGCCGCUUUCUCGGUUCCUCUGAAGUUUUUGGCAUUGGUGCCGAGAGUUGGACACGGGAUCCAGGAGGGCCUGAGCCAAGCACGAUGCUUCUGUUGGCAUGCCUGACGUGAUCUUGGCCUUUGGGGCAGCCCCGUCUCCAAGAGCUUCAUGCAGCACCAGCGCUGCCCAGUGGUGACCCUGGAGCCUGCCCCACUGCCGGUGACGCCGCCGCUGUCUCCCCAGCCCUCCACCCUGGCCAGCAGCCGCUCUGAAAAGAGCUCGUCAUGGUCCAGCCGCUCACUGGGCGCCCGGUGCCGCAACUCCAUCGCCUCCUGUCCUGACGAGCAGCCCCACAUCGGCAACUACCGGCUGCUCAAGACCAUCGGCAAGGGCAACUUCGCUAAGGUCAAGCUGGCCCGGCACAUCCUGACGGGCAGGGAGGUGGCUAUCAAAAUAAUUGACAAGACGCAGCUCAAUCCAACAAGUCUCCAGAAGCUCUUCAGAGAAGUCAGGAUCAUGAAGGGACUGAAUCACCCCAAUAUCGUGAAACUCUUUGAGGUGAUUGAGACGGAGAAGACCCUCUACCUGGUGAUGGAGUAUGCUAGCGCCGGAGAAGUUUUCGAUUACCUGGUUUCCCAUGGCCGCAUGAAGGAGAAAGAAGCCCGGGCCAAGUUCAGACAGAUUGUCUCAGCUGUGCAUUACUGUCACCAGAAGAAUAUUGUACACAGAGACCUGAAGGCAGAAAACCUGCUGCUGGAUGCGGAUGCCAACAUUAAAAUAGCCGACUUUGGCUUCAGCAACGAAUUCACGCUUGGCUCCAAGCUGGACACCUUCUGCGGAAGCCCCCCCUAUGCCGCCCCUGAGCUCUUCCAGGGGAAGAAGUAUGAUGGGCCGGAGGUGGACAUCUGGAGCCUUGGGGUCAUUCUGUACACCCUGGUCAGCGGCUCCCUGCCUUUUGAUGGGCAGAACCUCAAGGAGCUGCGGGAGCGCGUGCUGCGUGGCAAGUACCGUGUCCCCUUCUACAUGUCCACAGACUGCGAAAACAUCCUGAGGCGCUUCCUGGUGCUGAAUCCUGCCAAACGCUGCACCCUGGAGCAAAUAAUGAAGGACAAGUGGAUCAAUAUCGGCUACGAAGGGGACGAGCUGAAGCCUUACCGAGAACCCGAGGAGGAUUUUGCAGAUGCCAAGCGCAUAGAGGUCAUGGUGGGCAUGGGCUACAGCCGGGAGGAGAUCAAGGAGGCCUUGGCCAACCAGAAGUACAAUGAGGUCACAGCCACCUACCUGCUGCUGGGCAGGAAGAACGAGCAGGUGGAAGCGGGGGAGUCCCGCACAGGCAGCAGCCUCUCGCUGGCCCGAGCACGGCCACCCAGUGAGGUCUCCAACGGCACCAGCAAGUCCUCCUCACACGCCAAGGGCCAACGGAGCUCCUCCACAUACCACCGGCAACGGCGGCACAGCGAUUUCUGUGGCCCUUCCCCCACCCCCCUGCACCCCAAGCGGAGCCCCACCAGCACCGGGGACGGGGAGCUGAAGGAGGAGCGGAUGCCCUCGCGCAAGGCCAGCUGCAGCGUGGUGAGCAGCGGCCGGGGGGGCCUCCCGCCCUCCAGCCCCAUGGUGAGCAGCGCAAACAACCCCAACAAAUCGGAGAUCCCUGACCGGCGCAAGGACAGUGCGGUCAACACGAAUAACAUCCCGUCCAGUAUGAUGACGCGGCGGAACACGUACGUCUGCACGGAGAGGCCUGGGGGCGACCGCCACUCCCUGCUCCAGAACGGGAAGGAGAACAGCUCAGGUGCCAGUCGGGUGCCCCCGGCCUCCCCCUCCAGCCACAGUAUCGCCACCUCCUCCUCCUCGUCCGACCGCACCCGGCUCUCUCGCGGCACCAACAUCCGCAGCACCUUCCACGGGGGACAAGUGCGGGACCGGCGUGGCACCGGCGUGCAGAACGGGCCGCCCCCCUCUCCCACCCUCUCCCACGAAGCCCCCACUCUGCCUCAGAGCCGCAGCCGGGCCACCUCCAACCUGUUCAGCAAACUGACCUCGAAGCUCACGCGGAGGGUCGCAGACGAACCUGAGAGAAUCAGGGGACCUGCGCUCACAAGUUGCAAUCUACCUUGGCAUCAAAAGGAAGCAGAACCCCGGCUGCUCCGAUUUACCUGGAAUGUGAAGCUAACCAGCACCCGCUCUGCCGAGGCCAUCCUGGCCGCCCUCUGCCAGGCCACGGACUCUGCCAACUGCUGCCGCCGCCAGACGGAGCCCUUCGUCCUCUCCUGCACCCACGGGAAGAGCGCCAGUGAGAACUUCUGCUGCUUCGAGGUGGAGGUCUGCCGGCUGCAGCGGCUGGGGGGCCUGCACGGGGUGCUCUUCCGGCGCCAGGCUGGCACCUCCCUGGCCUUCCGCAGCCUGGUGGCCAAAAUCACAGACCGGCUGCAACUCUAGGGUGGCCCGGCCUGCUCCGUGCAUUGACUGACCCCCAGACUGGGGAGCCGCGUGGGGGAGGACAUGGCCCUGGGACCUUCCUACCUUCCCUCUGGGGCCCAGGCAGUCCUUGGGCCCACCUCUGCUGCCAGUGGGAGCAGUCACUGCCUGCCUGCCAGCCAGCCUGUCAGUGGUGCUAGGAGGGGUACAGGGGGAGGGCAGGAGGGAGGGGAGAGUAAGGGGGGCUGGCAGAGAAGGACACUGGCUCCUCCUCUGGCCCCUAAUUGGGUGAGGGAAAGGCUAGCCAGCCUUCCCUUUCCCAAGUCACAUGGGGGGAACUGCAGGCGAGGCUCUGGCGUGCCCCCUGCUUCAUCCGUUGUGCAAAGGGGACUCCUGCCCAUUGUGCUGUGGCCACCAGCCGUGACACUUUCACUCGCCACCUCAUUGCCAUCCAGGAGCCAAAGUGCUUUCAUUUCCCCAAGUGGAGGGGGGGCGGUUUUGGGGCUUGCCCAUAGAGUGUCCUGCCUCCCUUUCCUGGCACCCACAAAGGCUGACACCCCCCCCCCCACCCGGCUCCACUCUGGCUGGAUUGCUGGCAAGAAGAGCUGCUGCCCCAGGAACCCAAGCAUCCUCCAGGACAAGGGGGACCACUGCGGUCUGGUUCAGCGGGGGAGGGGUUGGGCAGGAGAAUGGAGCAAAGUGGUUCAACUGAACCAGGGAUGGGGGUGGGGGGGAGCUGAGCCAGGAGGGGCCGCCUGACUGGCAAAGGGGUUGCAGCGCCAUGUCCAGCCUUGCCUUCAGUGGCAGCACCAUUCACACCCAACCGGGCAGGCAGCUGUGCACUUGAGCAGUUUGGGCACCGGAGGCCCUCCUGCCCAAAGGCCUGCAGGCCAGAAGGUCCCGAGCACCGGGCAGCAGGCAGAAUCCCCACAUCUCCAUGCAGAGCUCGUGACCGGACUAAGAACCAAGGCUGAAGCCUGAAGAAAGUGGAGCUGGUGCCAGGACCCCGCUCGGAAGGGGCUGGUCCUCCCGAGUGGGUGAAAGAGCCAGGAUUCGGUCACCUGACGGCUGCUGGCCAUCUCACUGCGGUGGGCAGGAGUUGGUGAUGCUGGCUGCCCAAGAAGCUCUGCUUCAGUGCAGUAGGAGGGCCAUGCUGGGUGGCAGCUUGGCACCUUUCAACCCUGGGAGUUUGGGGCCCAGCAGUGGGAAAGAGCCAUGGAGGGGGACUGGCACAGCAGGCGGCAGAGCUGCCAGGUGCCCUGGGCAUGGAUAGGGUGGAUCUGUUUGGCCAGGGUAAGUGGGGGGCCUUGUCGGACGGGCCCAGAGACACAGCUGCUGAGGGGAGAGUUGGCCACUCCAGUGGGGAAAGCUGCAGUGCCCCUCCCUCCUCCCCCCCAGCUUUCCUUUGUUUACUGGGUGCCCCUGCUGUGACUUCCCCCUUCUCCUCAAAUCUGGCCUCUUGGGUGCCCCCCACUCUGUACAGACCCCCUGUAAAUAAUAUUCCCUUAGCCCCGUAUCACUGGGUAGAGAUAUUAAGCGCCACCUUUUCACCUCUGGACGAUGUAAGUUAUUCCGGCCCCAAAUGAUGGUCGUGUCCAACCCUCAAUAAAUGUAGAAACUCUC